CAGCAAUAUAGCAAGAAAAUUAGAUUUUUUAAAGAAUUGUUAUAAGUUAUAAUUUAUAAAAAAAACAUGUGUUAAUAGUUUACGUGAAAGGUUUUAUUAUUCUAAACAUAAUACUUUAAGUCGUCUGUACGAUUGUUCAAAGACAAAAUGAUGCAAUUCAUGUUACUGUUCAGCCGUCAAGGCAAGCUACGUCUGCAGAAAUGGUACGUCGCUCACCCGGACAAACUAAAAAAGAAGAUAACUAGAGAGCUAAUCACAACAGUUCUUGCUCGUAAACCAAAAAUGUGCUCAUUCCUUGAAUGGAAGGAUGUCAAAGUUGUGUACAAGAGGUAUGCAUCACUUUAUUUCUGCUGUGCCAUGGAGCAAGAAGAUAACGAACUUCUGACUCUGGAACUUAUCCACAGAUAUGUGGAAUUACUUGACAAAUAUUUUGGCAGUGUAUGUGAACUGGAUAUCAUCUUCAACUUUGAGAAGGCUUACUUUAUCUUGGAUGAGCUGGUGCUUGGCGGUGAGCUCCAGGAGACGAGCAAGAAAAAUGUGUUGAAGGCGAUCGCUGCACAGGAUCUGCUGCAAGAGGACCUGAACGAUGGAUUAUUGCACUAACGGACACACCAAUUUAUAAGCUAUGGUAUUAAUAAACACUCUUAUAGUAACUAACACUUUAGUUUAUAAACUUUCAUAUAGUUUAUUAUAUAAUUAUUUUGAGACAUAUAGUAGAUAGAACUUAUCACUAAAAAGCAAAUUUUUUUUCUUUUU